AAAUAACGUGUGUUUCCUGUUUUGCCCACAACGACGCAGCCUCUUUUUCCCCUCCCAACCAUCAACGACGCCUCUCCUCCACUCCACACUGCUACAACUCCGAUCCCCUCUCCUGCCGCCGCCGUCGGAUUCGCCUGUGGCGCCUUCGUCUCCUGCUCCAGCUGCAUCGCCUCCGGCAUCAUCUCCGGGUUUUCCCUUGAUAUUUCAGCCCCACUUUCCCUCUUCUCUUUCAAUACACACGACGUUCCCUCAUCCACUCCAUCUUCGGAACCAGCCGGCCGGAUCUUUCGCCAGUGCCGUCAUCGCCGAAGCCUUCCAGGUCCCUCAUCGACAACUCAACUUUUGGAUAUGUCAAAAGCUUGGUUGACUUGAUGGAAGUGUGAUAUGAGAUUACUUGAUAUAUGCUGAAAACUAUACACAAUUGGGACCUCAAGGGACUGGAUUUGUAACCAAAGGUGGUUGGGUUUUUAUAUUUUGUAUACUUAGUUAAGAGCAAUGAUACCUAACCUUAAUAUUUGUGCUUAGAGUUCUUUUUUUCUUUGCCCCAUUAGAGGAAGAAACGGCCCAACCCAAAUGCUUCGACAUAAUAUUUUAUUUGGGCCUGGCUUAGGUCCAACCAUCGUCUCCUCCUUCGUCCCGGCAUCCCCUCCCUAACUCCGUCGCAACAGCAGUCGUCGUCGUUAACGGGUAAUCAUACAUCUCUUCCGCCACAGAGGAACACAACAACCUUUCAUAUCGAUAAACUACAAUGGCGCAAUCACACGUUCCUUCUCUCAUAUUCAACUCUCUCGUCUUCUCUUCUACAAAAAUCCCCAAUUCCGAAUAGAAUCUCCCCCUUCGUUCCAGGUAUCAAAUUUCUUGAAUUGCUAAACAAACCGUGAAAUUGGGAGUAGAAAAUACAAAGCGUAUCCAUCUCCAAUGAUUCUCUUUACAAGAUUGACGUCGGUAAAAAGAACCACCGCCACCGCCACGUUCUCCAUCGACACUGCUUUCAGAACCCUCAAAACCGCCAUGACAGACCAGAUGAGUAAUGGCAAGAUGGGUAAUGGCAGGGCAAGAGACCACGAAACAAACGACGAUUAUUUUGCUACAAUUCAUCACAUUUCCAACAUUGUGCGCCGUGAUAUCUACUUAGAAAGAACCCUAAACAAAAUGUGCAUUUCCAGAAUCGUCAAUUCAGAGCUUGUUUAUCGUGUACUCCGCAGCUGUUCCAAUUCAGGUAUCGAAUCUUUCCGUUUCUUCAAUUGGGUUCGAACCCAACACCCCCAAUACGAACCUACCACCGUUGAAUUUGAAGAACUCCUCAAAAUCUUAGCCAAAACCCGCCAUUGGGAGACCAUGUGGAAGGUCGCACACCAGAUGAAAACCCAAAAACUCCCAAUUUCAUCAUCCGUUGUUUCUUUUAUAAUCGAGCAUUAUGGCAAAAACGGGCUUAUCGAUCAAGCUGUUGAGCUUUUUAACAAAUGCAAGAACUUUAAUUGCACCCAAACCACUGAAAUACACAAUUCCUUACUCUUUGCCCUUUGUGAAGUCAAGAAUUUUCAAGGAGCAUAUGCUUUGGUUAGAAGAAUGGUCCGUAAAGGAAUAACCCCAGAUAAAAAAACAUACUCUAUUUUAGUCAACGGGUGGUGCUCUGCUGGAAAGAUGAAAGAAGCCCAAAGUUUUUUAGAAGAAAUGAGUCAAAAGGGGUUCAAUCCACCUGUUCGUGGUCGUGAUCUUUUGAUUGAUGGCUUAUUGAAUGCUGGUUAUCUUGAAUCAGCAAAAGGGUUAGUGCGUAAAAUGACAAAAGAGGGCUUCGUAUGUGAUGUCACCACAUUUAAUACAUUAUCAGAAGCUAUAUGCGAAUGGGGUGAGAUUGAUUUCUGUAUCGCUCUCUACCAUGAUGUUUGUAGAUUAGGGUUAUGUCCUGAUAUCGAUACUUACAAGAUCAUGAUCACUGCAACUUCAAAGAUUGGGAAGAUUGAUGAGGCGUUUAGUGUUCUUUAUAGAUCAAUUGAAGAUGGGAAUAAACCGUUCCCGAGUUUAUAUGCUCCGAUUUUGAAAGGGCUUUUUAGGAAUGGAAGGUUUGAUGAUGCGUUUAGUUUUUUUAGUGAUAUGAAGGUGAAAGGGCAUCCACCAAAUCGACCUGUUUAUAGUAUGAUUUUGAAGAUGUGUGUGCGUGGUGGGAGAUAUGUUGAAGCUGGUAAUUAUUUGAUGGAGAUGAUUGAGUUUAAAUUGUCACCAAUGUCACGACAUUUUGAUAUGGUGACUGAUGGAUUAAAGAAUUGUGGGAAACAUGAUAUGGCUAAGAAGAUAGAGCAGUUGGAAAUAUCACUUCGGGGUAUGUGAUUGUGAGGUGUUACAUUGGUUUUGUGAUCAUUCAUACAAUUGUUUUGUUUAGUUUUAUAUUGUAUACCCCAAUGAUUAAUUGCUUAUCAUUACCUUAGUGAAGUAUGAGUUUCUAUUUUCAGGCUUAAACAUUGUGAUGUAAUUUUCGAUAUCAUUGUCAUAUGUAUCAUUAAAGCCUUGUCCCUAUAAA